CGAUUGAUUAAUUAAUUAAUUACAAUUUAUGGCAUACAAAAACAGAAGGCAAAGAAUGAAAUGUAAAAGAGUCAAAGACCCCAUAUUAAAGCAGAUCACCAAUUUAGUGAAAUGAUUUUCAAGAACAUCAAAGUACAUGUAAUUUGGCUGAGUAAUUGCAUGUGUGUCAAACCCAUACCUUAAUUGACUUGGUUAAUUCUCCACUGUGCAAUCAAUACUGUACUUCAUUUACUUAAUUUGUACCAGGCUUUUCAGCAUCACUGCAUGUGUGCAAGGCACAUAAAACGAGCCAUUGAAGAGUUUAAUAUCAAGCUUCCAAAGAGACUGGAGGAGAAAGAGGAGAAGAAGCCUGUUCUCCAAUAUAACUGCCAGGUGUGCUUAGUGACAUGUAAUAGUGACUCUGCUUGGAAUUCUCAUCUUAUUGGUCAAAAACACCGAAAGGCUCUAGAGAAACAAGGAGCUGAGAGGGCCCAGCAAAAGGCACAAGAGAAGAGUAUCAUGAACCCCAUGAAUACAGGAUUUACCAGGGGAGGAAGAGGUGCAGGUGGAAGAGGAGGAGGUGUGGGUCCCAUACGUGGAGGAACAUUUGGUCCAGGUCACUCACGUAAGCCGUAUGACAAGCCAAUGCACGCUGUACAGCAGCCCAGCCUCAAUGGUCCAAUAGGAGCUAAAGACUUUGCCACCUACCCUGAGCCACUUAUUGGCCUGGAGUAUGUUACAGAAAUCCAGGUUAUAGGACAGAGUCCAAGGUACCAUUGUGAGCUAUGUGACUCCAAAUUUGAUCACAACUUGAAGUUCCCGCAUCUUGUUGGAAGCAAACAUCGCUUUAAAGUCUUGAAAGAGAAGGUCCCAGAUAUUGCUCACAGUGUCCGUGGCGAUGUCAAAAAGAGAUCAGAAUUGUCCAGCAAGCUGCUUGAAGAGGCACGUAAACUAGAAAUGAGGGUUGGUCGACAGCAGGUGAAAACUAGAGUGGAAAAGAGCCCAUUCAAUGUCAUCAACAACCAAGCAUCUGGCCAGUCAACAAUGCAACACACAGCAAGAGGAGGACAGCAAUGGCAAAGUCAGAGAGGAAGAGGACAGGGGGCUGGGCGUGGUGGGCGUGGUGGGCGUGGUGGACGUGGAAGUACAUAUGGUGGACAGGGAGCCUUGUAUGGUGCAGGUGAACAGGGAAGCUCAUAUGGUGGAGGAAGCCAAGGAGGUACUCGUGGCAGAGGAAGGCAGCAAGGAGUACCUCAUAAUCAACAGCAGCAGCGAGGGUCCAGCCGAGGUGGAAGAGGCAGAGGAAGAGGAUCUUCAGCCAGUCAUCAAAACCAAUCCUGGAAUCAGAACUACUCAUCUUUCAAAAGUGCUCCAAACCAGACCUUCCCCACUGGUUCUUAUGGCAGUUUUGAUGACAGUUCACAGUGGAACAGUGGAGGUCAAAGCGGAGGAGAUAAGAUGCUACCUCCUGAUGCAUUCAAGCCCAGAUCUCCAGCAAGGUCAACACAGUACGGCAACUAUCAUGAUAAUUAUUAUGAUGACUAUUAUGGUGGUAGUUACAGUGGCUCAAAUUAUGAGUACAAUGACUCGUAUUCCAGUCAAAUCCCAAAUGAUCCGGGCUUCCAGCCAUAUGAUCAAAUUCCAAGUGUUAGCAGUGGAGACAUGGCUGGUGCUAGUGGCAGCAUGAGCGGUGGUGGCGGCGGCAGCAGUACCGGCAGCAGCACUGUCAUGACCAGCGGCGGCGGUGGUGGUGGUGGUGGUGGUGGAGGAGGAUCAAGUGUGAGUUUUCUUCAAGGAGCUAUUGCAGAUCUGGGGAAACUUGUGAGCAGUGAAGAAGAUGCUUCAAUGGCUUUACAGGUGUCUAAUGCCUUGACACAGGCUCUACUUCAGUUCCGUAUGAACAACUUGCCGCAAGGGGCUCUUGGUGAUAACAGCGCGUCAGCCGGUAACGCUACAUCCUCAAAACCCGAGACAUGAAUCCCGACUCUGUUACUAGAUAAAGAAGAACUAUUGAUCUCAGUGGACCACGCAAGAUUCACUUCUGACCAUUUUUCUUUACUAAAAAAAGAAAGUGAUUAUGGAGGCUCUUGUUUAAAUUUUUUCAUGGAGAAAGAUAACAUGGAUUUAAGAUGACGCCUCUGCCUAGGGAUCAUUUUGAGUCCUAUUUUAUGGAGAAACUGAGUACCGUUUUACUGGUUAUGACCGCAGGUAGCUCUUGUCAGAUUUAAUUUGACUUAUCCAUUGGCUAACGGAAGGAGAAUAAGACUGAGUGAGAAAAUAAAUCAAACACAAAACAAUUUUCAACUCAGCUUGUCGAACCCAAUAAAUGGUAUUUAUGUGACUGACAAAAAAUGUCUCUUGGCGAGAAAACAUGCAGUUCACAACUGCGUCGACAACUGCAGAUUCUUUUUAAAUAAAGGAUUUUACUUUA